AUGAUGCUAAUAUAUUGUUAGUGAUGAUGUUGUUGCUGUUUGCUGUUGGUGCUGGUCCACUGAUAUUGCCAAGUGGGUCGAGGCUUAUGUGAUCUCCUGAAGGGCCAAGCGAAGCAAACCGCUUCCGACGUCUAAUGUUCCCUCCUCCUCGCAUCACCAAAUGCUUGAAAUCCGACAAGCGUACCCUCUCCCUCCUCUACCACUCCCACCUCUCCCUGCGCGGGGCCGAGCAAAUCCACGCCCACCUCCUCGUCUCCGGCGCAAUCGCCGACCCCUACGCCGCCGGCAAGCUCGUCGCCUUCUUAGCCCUCUCCGCUCGCGGCGACCUCGCCCAUGCCGGCCUCCUCUUCCACCGCCUCCCCUGCCGCUCCGCCUUCCUCUGGAACACCAUGAUCCGAGCCCACGUCGAUCGGAACCGACCCCUGGAAGCCCUCUCCCUCUACAAGCAAAUGCUCUCCACCGGCUUCUCGCCCAACAACUACACCUUCUCCUUCAUCCUCCGCGCCUGCCUCGACCUCUCCUCACUCUCCGACGGGCAGAAGUUUCACGCCCAGAUCGUAAAACUCGGGUGGGAGCCGUAUGACUUCGUGCAGAAUGGCUUGAUCCACGUGUACUCUUCCUGUGGCGAUAUCGAUUCCGCUCGCAGGUUGUUCGAUGGGAGCUCGAAUCGAGAUGUGAUCUCGUGGACGGCGAUUGUCAGUGGGUACGCGAAAUCCGGACGGAUUGAUGCUGCUCGUGAGCUGUUUGAUCGGAUGCCGGAAAGAAAUGCGGUUUCCUGGAGCGCCAUGAUCACUAGUUAUUCGCAAAUUGGAAGGUUUCGAGAGGCAUUGGAUUUCUUUAACGAGAUGCAGCUUGCCGGGGUUCGGCCUAAUCAUGCGGGGAUCGUCGGUGCUCUGUCCGCCUGUGGUUCUCUUGGGGCUUUGGACCAGGGGAGGUGGAUUCAUGCCUUCGUGGAGAGGAAUACGAUGGAACUAGAUAGGGUUCUGGGAACCGCAUUGAUAGAUAUGUAUGCCAAGUGCGGGAGCAUAGAAACCGCUCUUCAGGUGUUUGAUGCGAUGUCCGAGAGAGAUGUGUUCGCCUAUACUUCCAUGAUCUCGGGGUUGUCGAAUCACGGGCACAGCGAGAAGGCGAUUGAUUUGUUCUUGAAGAUGAGAGAGGAAGGGGUGAGGCCAAAUGAGGUCACUUUUAUUUGCGUCCUCAGCGCCUGCGGUCGAAUGGGUCUGGUGGAUCAAGGGAGGGAGAUCCUUGCAAGCAUGGAUGGGGUCUACGGGAUCAGACCAGGAGUCGAGCAUUAUGGCUGCUUGGUCGACCUUUUGGGCCGGGCAGGGUUGCUUGAGGAGGCAAAGAGGGCAGUGAGGCAGAUGCCGAUGGAGCCUGACUCCUAUGUUUUAGGAGCCUUAUUAAAUGCUUGUAGAGAGCAUGGGGAGGUGGAAUUGGGCAAGGAAACUGUGGAGAGUUUAGUAGAGUUGGGGCUCGAUCAUAGUGGGGUGCAUGUUUUGCUUUCAAACAUGUACGCCUCGGCUUAUAGGUGGGAGGAUGUCUUGAAAGUGAGGAAGGGGAUGGAGGAGAAGAAGGUGAAGAAGGUGCCUGGUUGUAGCAUGAUCGAGGUGGAUGGUGUGGCUUGUGAGUUUGUCUCUGGAGAUUGGUCUCACUCCCGUAUGGAUGAGAUCGUGUCUACGAUGAAGGGGAUGGACAAGCAGCUAAGGUCAUCUGAAGACAGUUUAGAUUGGAGGAAUGCACGACCCAUGCACAUUGCACUAUUGGAGUCUAUACCUAUUGACUGAUGGAGCUACGCAUGCCCCAUCUUGGGCAAUGGGGGUGGUGUUUUACCUCAAGUGCAUUGAUGGCCAUGGACAUCCUUCCUAUAUUUUCUCAAUGACUCGAAGAAUGGUGAGGUGGGAUUCAACUAUACAUACCUCAAGUGCAUUGAUGGCCAUGGAUAUCCUUCCUAUAUUUCUCAAUGACUGGAAAAAAUGGUGAGGUGGGAUUCAACUAUACAUACCUCAAGUGCAUUGAUGGCCAUGGACAUCCUUCCUAUAUUUCUCAAUGACUGGAAAAAAUGGUGAGGUAGGAUUCAACUAUACAUACCUCAAGUGCAUUGAUGGCCAUGGACAUCCUUCCUAUAUUUCUCAAUGACUGGAAAAAAUGGUGAGGUGGGAUUCAACCGUACAUACCUCAAGCACAUUGAUGGCCAUGCACAUCUUUCCUAUAUUUCUCAAUGACUGGAAAAAUGGUGAGGUGGGAUACAGCUACACAUCCUGCAUUCACUAAUCUAUCUAUUGGUGGAGCUCGAAAGGAUUUUGCGUCUUCUGCAGCUAAAUUCACCUGGCGUUUGAAGAUCCCAUGAGCUUGACAUCUUCUUCUUUAUUGAAUCGUAUCUUUCCACGAAUUAUAGGAAAUCUCUGCUUACGAUUCUGAUUAACCUGGACCACAGGUCCACAACAAAGAAACAUGGCGUGUUGGAGACAACGUUUUCGGUGAAUUAAUCCAUAAUUGUUUGUCCUGAACAGUGUCUAUUGCUUCACAGACAUGCUCGCUUGAGACUGAGAGUUUGUGAUGGUUAAUAAAGCAUCCAUUACCACCAUACACUUCAUUCAAUUGUAAGAAUUAUUUAAUGGAUGACAAUAUACCAGCCAUACAAUCGGCUUGGACCCUUGAUAUUGGCAAUCUUGAUUUGUACUUCUAUCC